UCAUCUCUUUUCUUUUGUUUUUCACUGAUCUCUCACAACACAACAACAACCCAACCCUUCUCAGCAUGGCCAUGGCAACCCAAGCCUCCCUCUUCAGCCCUUCCUUCUCUGCUCUCAAACCCACCGACCGUGUCUCCGUGCCAUGGAAGCAAUCCCCCACCUUCUCCUUCUCCUCUCCGAAGCCCCUCAAGUUCUCCAAGACAAUCAGAGCUGCAGCGGCCGAUGAAACCGCAGAGGCCGUAACAAAAGAGGCACCCGUUGGGUUCACCCCACCGGAACUGGACCCAAACACGCCUUCCCCGAUCUUCGGAGGCAGCACUGGUGGGCUUUUGAGGAAGGCCCAGGUGGAGGAGUUCUAUGUGAUCACAUGGACGUCCCCCAAAGAACAGAUCUUUGAAAUGCCCACUGGAGGUGCUGCCAUCAUGAGGGAGGGUCCCAACCUGUUGAAGUUGGCCAGGAAGGAACAGUGUUUGGCUCUUGGAACUAGACUGAGGUCAAAGUACAAGAUCAAUUACCAGUUCUACAGGGUCUUCCCCAACGGAGAAGUUCAGUACUUGCACCCCAAGGAUGGUGUCUACCCUGAGAAGGUCAACCCGGGACGCCAAGGGGUUGGCCAAAACUUCAGGUCUAUUGGUAAGAAUGUUAAUCCCAUCGAGGUCAAGUUCACCGGCAAGCAACCAUAUGAUUUGUAAGCACCACCUCCUUCAUUCCUCCUAUAUGCUCUGUACUUAUAUUGUCAAAUUUAUGCCACAAAUGCUAAACUCAUGUGCCUUAAUUUUAUAGCUAUUUUUCUCCUA